ACAAGCCGGUGUAGAGUAGUGUGCGAGAGGCGGCGAGGCAAAUCUAACCACGUUCUGUUGUAUUCCCCACCUGGGCUCUCCAGCUCCCUCCAGGAUCCGAUGAUUACAGGGCAGUUGAGCAAGCCGCUGCUCUCCCUGCGCAGCGAGAUGAGCGCGGCAGAACUCCGGGCAGAGGACAAGGCGGCCACCCCAGACAGCAAGCUCAAUGACGAGCCCCUGCUCCUGUCCUCCGAGGCCAUGGGCAGAGAGGACAUUCCCAACAAGCUCUAUGGAGCCCGUGACGGCUCUGUCCAGUCUGAUGCCAGCAACAGCCCGUCAGAACAGUGUCAUCUGGGUCAGUCUCACCCAGCCUACCCAGUAGGACCACAGUCUUUGCUGGUGGCCCAGCAGCUGGCCGGGGGGUCGCCAGGCCUGAACCAGCCCAUCCUCAUCCCCUUCAACACGGGCGGCCACCUGGGAGGCCAGCAGGGUCUUGUGAUUUCCCUGCCCACCGCCAAUAUCCAGGGCCUGGUGGCUGCAGCAGCUGCACAGGGCAUCAUGACGCUUCCCUUACAGAACCUGCAAGAAUCCCGCGAGACCCGCGAGAUUCGGGAGUCCUGUUCCCCUGUCAAACUCGAGGAUGCGUCUACCUCAUCCCUGAACUCCCAGCUUCAGCACCUGCAGCAGCUCCAACAGAUACAACAGCACCACCAUCAGCAACAACAGCACCACCAUCAGCAACAGCAACACCGCCAUCAGCAGCAUCAACACUCCCACAGCCACGCCCACAACCAGCUGUCAUCGCGGGGUCGCAUCUCCCCGCCCGGCCUUCAGCAGUCCUCUGUCUCGGUCCCCUCCCCUGGCUCCGCCUCCUCAUCCACCACCUCCAUGACUGGCUCUGGCCAACCGCCACAGUCUUCGCCCCUCCGGCAAAACCAAUCGCCGGCCCGCAGCCUACCCUCGCCCGUCACCCCGCCCAUGCCACUGCAGUUGAACCCUCUGGCCAGCCAGGCAGCGGUGGCGGCGGCUGCAGCAGCUAUGGGCUCCAUCGCCGGGUCCCAGGUCUUUGGCAACGCCCUCUCCAACCUGCAAGCUGGAGUCACGGGUCAGCUGGUCACCAAUGCACAAGGACAGAUAAUUGGAACGAUCCCACUGAUGCCCAACUCUGGGGGGCCCUCGAGCCAAUCAGGGGGCGGAAACCCUGCGCUGCAGGUCCAGCCAAUUACACCUCAGCUUCUGACCAACAACCAGGGCCAGAUCAUCGCCACGGUGAUUGGCAAUCAGAUCCUGCCUGUCAUCAACACCCAGGGAAUCACGCUGUCACCAAUCAAGCCUGGACAGCAGCUGCCUCAGGCUCAGCAGGUUCAGACAGGCCCAGUGUCGUCUCAGCCCAACCUGCUCCACAUGCCCCACAGCCAGAGUCCUCUCCGCCAGGUCUCUUCCUCCUCAUCAUCGUCCUCUUCCUCCUCCGCUCUCAGUGUGGGUCAGCUGGUCAGCAACCCCCAGAUGGCUCCCCGCGAGGUGGAUGGGGUCAACCUGGAGGAGAUUCGGGAGUUUGCCAAAGCAUUCAAGAUCCGUCGCUUGUCCCUUGGCCUGACUCAGACUCAGGUGGGACAGGCACUCAGCGCGGCCGAGGGCCCAGCCUAUAGUCAGUCUGCCAUCUGCAGACACACCAUCCUGAGAAGCCACUUUUUCCUACCACAGGAAGCCCAAGAGAACACUAUAGGUAGCAGUCUGACAGGCAAACUGAACCCUGGCCUUUUAUAUCCUGCCAGGUUUGAGAAGUUGGACAUCACCCCAAAAAGCGCCCAGAAGAUUAAGCCCGUUCUGGAGCGCUGGAUGGCCGAGGCCGAGGCCCGCCACCGGUCCGGCAUGCAGAACCUGACCGAGUUUAUUGGCAGUGAGCCCUCCAAAAAACGCAAGCGGAGGACCUCGUUCACCCCGCAAGCGCUGGAGAUCCUAAACAGCCACUUCGAGAAGAACACGCACCCCUCUGGACAGGAAAUGACCGAGAUAGCCGAGAAACUGAACUAUGACCGCGAGGUGGUCCGCGUCUGGUUCUGCAACAAGAGGCAAGCGUUGAAAAACACAAUAAAGCGGUUGAAACAGCCCGGUGACCUGGACCUGGACCUCGGCCUGACCGCGCCCAUGGACCCUCUCUGUGAUUCUCUGGAUGAGAUCCCAAAAUGAAUGACCAAAACUAGAGAUAAAGAGAAAAGUCCAAACAACAUGGUGGAUCAUGACCCAAAGUGGGAAGAAGAACGAAAGAACAUUCCAGCCCUUUUAUAGAGUCACCUGAAAAGGACAGUUAGGAAAGUUUGCAAACGAGAAUACGUGUUAUCAGUGUGAUUACCACAGUUAUUGACCUUUGCCGAAAUCCCAAAAUAAAAAUAAAUAUGUUAGUAUUUGAUAGAAAAAGAUUACAAACCUAGAGUGUGCUGUUUCAAAGAGUUCUAGUUCUGGCCUCAUAGACCAGAAUAUUGUCCAAAUUUGGGUUCCCAUUAGGGAGAUUUUAGUAAAGCAAUCAUGCCAAAAUCAAAGACAAAAACACUAACUACUUACCAAAGUCUGUUGCAUCGGAAUACUAAGAAUAAUUUUUUAAGUGUAAAAGUGUUCUAAAUUUUUACAUUUGUACUGGCAAGAACAUCUAAGAUAUGUGUGUGAGUUUGGCUGUACAUUUUAUCUUUGUCUCACUUAAUUUCAUUAUCUCCCGUGUUUAUAUGUAAAUAUCUACUAAAUUGAAACCACAAUGUCAAAUUUGUCAUGUAAAUGCGUUUCUUUGCUGUUCAACAAUGGCAUAUUGUUUGUCUCAGACUCUUUCUCAUCUGCAACUAUUUUCAGUCACAGUGUAACUUUGUACAACUUUUACAAGUAUUUAUCGAUGAUUUUAUGAGAUUGUCUAUGUUUUGGAGGAAGGGUAAUAAACUGAAGGCUGUCUAAACAAUGAGGGGAUACUCUGUACCUAACCAUAUAGGUUCUGUCUCUGUGCACCGACUCUAUUGUGGAUAUGUCUGAAGCUACUGUAUCUCAUUCUGUUGCCAAAGCCUGAUAGCCAAAGAACACAUUACUUCAGCUCAAGAACAUGGGGGUAUUUUACCUUGGCCAAUAACAUGUUUUCGUUAUUGUUAUGUGCCUAAGUUCCCUUUCUCUGGUUAUUUUUUACUGUACAGUUUCUUUCAUACACUGAGCUCAACUAAGUUACACAAAGGCCAACAGAAUGCCAAAUAACAUUUUGAUUCCCAAAAAUGACUCUUUGUUAGUUCACAACCCUUUGAUAUUGCAAUAUAGAACAUGUGUUUUACUGUGAGGACUUGUCUGCCCAUCCCUUUCUGAAUUGUGUGUCUAGUUGUUUCUAUUUGAAGAAUUGCUCCUGCAUGUUUGAGAUGAACCACUUAUAACAAAGUCGGACUUACAGAAAUCUGGAAACAAGACAACAUAAAACACAAAAAGCCUGAGUUCCAAAUCCCUAAAUUACAUGUAUAUUUUUCAGAGUACAUUGUCACUGAGAACAAAUGACACGUUAGUGGUUUUAGCAAAUAUUUUUUUUUACAUGAUUUGACCUUUAGAGCAAAAUGUGCAUUACUUCCCUUUAGCAUUCAGUAACUCAUUAUAAUCUUAUCAAUCUGAACGUUUUCUAAUCGCUGAAUCUUUGUCUUCAGGGGUCAAAUAUGUUUUUUGUGGAAAUGUCCUGCUGCGGUUUGGUUUCUUUUCUUGGAGUGAUUCUACAGUGAAGCCUUGACAGACAGUAUAGCCUAAUUCAAAAAAGUAUUUUGGGGAAAAGUCGUGUGAAAUGCAAGACAACCAAGUAGCCCUUUCGCAAUACAUAAUCCAUAUUCAUUUCAACCAACAAAUCAGAGGGUGUUAUUGCUGUGUAGAUGUUGAAUAUGAACAGAGUGUCGUCACAACAUGUAGCUCACCUCCUAUAGGUGUACUUCAAUAUUACCAGGACCCACAUGGAGGAUUUAAGGAAUCCAUAUUGUUACACCACUGAUGUGUUAAUAACCUAUAGGCCUACAGCCAUUGUGUUGAACUAUAAAGAGUAUUGCAAACUGAUACACACAUGUAAAAAACACUUUUCAGAACUCGUAAGAUUACACAUUGAUAUGAAAUGUUCUAAUUUGAUUCAAGUAAAACACUUAGUCCCACUUUACACUGGUGCUUGCCUAGCAGCAUAAAGUGCACUUGAUAACACUUACAAACACAUACGGAAAUAGACAUUAGUUGAGGAGAGUAUACAGAAGGCUGAGGUUUGAGAGGCACUACAUAGGAGCCCCCCUUACGUGUUCAUUUACCCUUUAUUAUUUAAUGUAGGCCUACCUUGAGCAAAGAUUGAAUACUUUUAGCAGGAAGUCAUUUUUAACAGUGUAAUAUUGUAAGUCAGUAUUACUAAAUGGUGUUGAAUCAUAAUAUACUGUAAGUCAUAUGUGAUUUGACUCAAUUUAAAGACUUUUGUGCGUUCCCCCUCUGUCUCUCACCCCACCUCAUCCCAACAUGUAAGAGAAGUGAUUAUGCGGCUUCUGUAUUGUAUGGGCAGGUAGUACUGAGGCUAA